AUGGAGAUGGCCUCCACUUGCAGCAUUGAUCGUGUCUUCCUUGAUCUAGAGUUGCUUCUGAACAGCUCCCGAGACCGGCAUGUUCCUUUCGAUGCAAUCAAACACAUGCAAUUUCUCAAAACAUUUCUUAUGUGUGCAAGAAAGUGGAGCCAAAGCAAUGAUUUGUACUUGGAAUCUGACAAUGUUGUGAAGAAGGUGAGUCUUCCAUCUUUCUUAUCUUGCAUCGAAGACACCUUUCACGAAUAUGAGAAGGACAUUCACUCUCUUUCCCAUAGAUCAGAAACGGAUAAACAAGAAAUUGAGAAUUAUACUAUUGGUAGUUAUUAUAGCAUGUUCAGGGAACUUGAGAAACAGAUCAAAUCACUGAAGCAAGAAAUCAUCAAAAUUUACUUUGCUUUGGCAAGCAACAGGUCAUUUCAAUCAAAUUCUUGUAUGACAGAUGACGAGCUAAUGGAAUUCAUAGACCUCAUCCUACAAAAUCUAGCAGAUUUGACGAAUGGCUAUAUGGCUAUAUGUAAAAUUAGUGAAUCGUAUAUUUCUGCUGCUUUGACUUUGAGUGCUCAAGUCCAAGCCCUUGAAGCAAAGCUGACAUUCUUGAAAAGCUUCAUUCCCUUUGCCAAAAUGCGAGGAACCGCAGAUAUUCCUGCCUUGCUAUUGUCUCACUUUGAAGUGGUGGCUUUGAAAGCAGCACGCCUCUCUUACAUGUGUUUUUUUUGGGAUGAUGCUGAGGCAAUGCACAAUCCUGAGCUCUACUCCAUGGUAUAUGAACAACAACAGAAGAUCAGAGCUGUUGAUUUUCAUGUCUACGAGAUUUAUAAGGAAGUACUUGGAGCUUCAAACUCCUCAACAUCAUUACAUACAGCAGAGAUGGAUGAGCAGAUAUUGAACAACUUCAAUGAUUCUCUUAUAAGUUGUCUUUGGGAGCUGUUAUGCUACAGUUCAAGUUUUAUGGAUUCUGUGAAAGAUGAAAUGCACAUACUCUAUGCAGGACUGAGAUUUUUGAGAAGGAUUUUAAGGAAGCAUCAGGAGAAAAUGGAUGAACAAAAUGAAAAAAUUGGAGCCCUCCUUAGUGAGGCAGGGAUUAUAAUUUGCUCGCUUUCGCUAAACAGAGUGCAAGGAGAAGAAGUUGGCUUCUCAGAAUCCACAGAGGCUCUUGAUUGUAUUCAUAUGCUGGCUAAUACCAACAUCCAUAUCAAGCAUUUUAAGGAUCAGAUCAGUGGCUCAAGCAUUAUAGGGAGCCAUCCAAAUCCCUCACAUAGCUUAACAGUACAAGAAGUUUGCAAGCCUUUGAAGCACAUGCCAUCGAAAGGAAAAGUACCAAUCACACAUGAAGACAUGGUUGAUCUUGAUGACGAGGUAGAAAAGUUAAUUGAACGACUUGUCAGCGGACCAGAACAGGUGGAAAUUGUUCCCAUUGUGGGAAUGGCUGGGCUUGGUAAAACAACUUUAGCCAAAAAAGUUUACAAUCAUCGUUCAGUUAUCUAUAACUUCCACAUUCGUCUUUGGUGUACUGUUUCCCAAGAAUUUAACAUGAAAAGCUUGUUAAUACAAAUUUUGUGCCCUGAUGGGAAACAGUCUAACAUGGAUGAAGAGCUUAAAAACUUUAAUGAACAUGAAUUGCUUCAACAGCUCUAUCAAAGGCUGAAGACGAAGAGGUAUCUUGUUGUUUUUGAUGAUGUCUGGGACUUCAGGGCAUGGAAUGAGUUGAGAUAUUCAUUCCCAAAUGAUAAGAAUAGAAGUAGAAUCCUCUUCACCAGUCGAUUUUCUAAUGUGGCCUCACAGGUUCAAUAUGCGGGCAAACCUCACAAUCUUCGCCCACUCAGUGAGAAAGAAAGUUUUGAAUUGCUGCUGAAGAAGGUAUUUGGAAAAGAAGAUUGUCCUCAAGCAUUGCAUGGAAUCGGAAUGGAGAUUGCCAAAAAGUGUAUGGGAUUGCCACUUGCAGUUGUUGUUGUAGCUGGAGUCCUGGCAACUAUAGAGCAUGAUAUUUUGGUUUGGGAAGAAUUUGCUAGAAGUUUAACUUCGACCAUGGUGUCUAGUGCAGACCAGUGCAAAAAGUCAUUGGAGCUCAGUUACGAGCAUUUACCAUAUCACUUGAAGGAUUGCCUGCUGUAUUUUGCCUCAUUUCGAGAAGAUGAAAAAAUUGGUGCCAAGAAGUUGAUGCGUCUAUGGAUUGCAGAAGGGUUUGUGGAAAAAAUUGAAGGAAAGAGAUCAGAAGACAUUGCAGAAGAAUAUUUGAUGGACCUAAUUGGUCGAAACUUAGUUAUGGUAAGUAAAAGCAGAUCCAUUGGUGGAGUCAAAACUUGUUACAUUCACGAUUUGAUAUUUGAGUUCUGUAAGGCCGAGGCAAAAGAAAAGAAGUUUCUUCAGGUCCUGCGAGGAUAUGAUGAGCUUUCUACCUUUAAUGAACCUCCCUUCCUACAUCGGUUAUCCAUUUGCUCCAGUGGAGAAGAUUUUAUAAAGGCAAGGCUAUUUUGUCCACAUUUAUCUAGUCUGCUCUUAUUUGGUCAGCAGGUUCAAUUAUAUGAGUUUGAGCUGCUUAAUAUCUCCUCCCUUUUUUGCAUCUAUAAACAUCUUGAAGUCCUGAAUUUACAGUGCAUUAACCUAAUGCUUAAGGAGCUUCCGACUGAAGUCGAAUCACUUCUUUCUUUGAGGUACUUAGCCCUUACAUCUUGGAACUUGACACUCGUUCCACCGUGUAUAGCCAAGCUCUCAAAUCUGGAAACCUUUCAUCUAAUUUCUGGUCGGAGGGUUUCAUUGCCAGAUAGCAUCUGGAACAUGAAGAAGCUGGUGCAUGUAAAUGUAAAGGAUUCCAUUGUAAUUCGUCUUUCUUCGAAUGACAACGUUCUCGAAAACCUCUCCACUUUACCUAAUUUAGGCACGUUCUCCGGUCUGCUUCUUUCUUCUGAUCAAGAAGCAGAGAACAUAUUGAGAAGGAUUCCCAACAUUCGCGGACUCAAAAUUAAUCUGAUUGGAAACAGAGUAUGCUGCAACAUGAGUCAUCUAGAAUGUCUAGAAUCACUUACCUUAAAUCUGAUUCACUUCUCAGGUCCGUCGGAUCAUGUUGAGCUUUCUUUGCCCAUGAAUUUAAAAAAGUUGUGUCUUGCCUGGAUGGAUCUUGCCUGUAGUCAAAUGUCAUUGAUUGAACAACUUCCUAAUCUUGAGGUCUUCAAAUUAGAACAGGUUUGGCUCAAAAGAUGGAAGCUAAUGGAAGGAGGAUUCCCCAAACUCAGGGUCUUGACUUUGGUAGGUGUAAAGGUUGCGGAGUGGACAGAGACAGACUCUGACAGUGAUGAUUAUUUCCCGUGUCUUCAGCAAUUAAAACUCCGUAGAAUUUUUUAUUUGGAAAUGAUGCCUUCGUGCUUAGAGCGUAUAUCAACUCUUCAAACAAUUAUAGUGCUAUAUUGCGGAGAUGGUGUUGAAUCUUUGGCACGGGAAAUUGAAGCAGCACAGAAAAAUUAUGGAAAUGAGAAUCUGGAGAUCAUCAUGGAGAAUUCGGGGAUCGGCUUCUAUUGA